GGAAUAUUCUUGCACUAUAGAAUAGCAUAUUAGUGAUACAUAUCAGGUUAUCGAUUCGUUACUACGAUGCACUUAAUAUUAUGUGGCAGGGCCUGAAGGCACACACCAAGCAAGAGAAAUACAACCGUAUAUCUGACCGGAAGCAAUCGACACCAAUCGAGGUGUUGUGCAAGGGUUUGCCACAACAGUUCACAGCGUACAUGAACUAUGUUCGUUGCCUCCGGUUUGAGGAUAACCCAAACUACAUCUACCUUCACCGUAUCUUUCGUGAACUGUUUGAACAGGAAGGAUAUCAUGUUGACUAUGUCUUUGAUUGGAUCCUGAGACGUUCAACUGGCACCUCUUACAGUAAAACAAAUGGUGGCGGUAACAAUGCUACCCCAAAAGUUGAGGAGAAGUCGCAACGACAGCCUCAAUAGUAAGGCGCUGUGGAAGGCAGAGUACCUCGGUCUGAUGAGCACAGGGUGUAGUAAUGGACCUGAUGACGUUACCAAGCUGGUGAUAUCAGGACGAAGAGUCAUUACAAAAGCUGUACGAGACUCCAUGCAGAACCAGGCGUUCUCAGAUUCGUUAGCAUCUCCAAUAUUUGUAUAGCAUUUAUGUUGUUAUUUCUAUUUUAUAUGUAUAACUAUGAGAUCACAUAUUCCCGUGUUUUAUACAUUGUUUCGAUGCCGUAUACAAGUAUUUGCUCUUAUUUUUUUUGGCUUUUAACUUGGUGCUCGAAAAGUAAAAGUGUGCGCACCUAGGGGGAACUUAUUCUUUCUCAUCGGAAUAAAUUAUUACUAUUUUCUAUCCUGCACGACGCAAAACAUUUGAUAUUGAAUCAUGUUGAUCUUUUAAUAUCACUUCAGUGCAUUACUCAUUAUAUCUUACUAAAUACUACUAAUGACGUUAUUCCUGUUUAACGAUAAAAGUGAAACUAGGCCUAUACUAUACGGGUGGCUUCGCCUUCCGGUUUACGGAUAUUAGAAUAAGUCGGAUCUUGAAGUUUACUUAAUCAGGAUCGUUUGGGAGCCUUACUCUGCCAUGCUUUAAGGAGCUAAACGGUGCCUGUUGUUAA